GGAACAAAUGGAGACUUUAGCAUCUAAAGAACACGAACAAGGUGCUAAUAGUGAGGAUCCAUACAAUCAAGUGAUUAAAAAGGUGGAGCAUAGUGGACGUGUUCGCCUCUACGGGAAAGGUGUGACCAAAACUGAUCUAAAGAAAGGGGGGACCAAAUGUUGCUACAUAAUUCCUCAAGAAUUCCUUCAAAGCAUUCAAACGGGGUUGGUAGAACAACUACGAGAAGCUAAUCCUGGUAUAGAUCUUGUGGUUCCCGACGUCCAAGUAUCUUCUACUACCAAAGAUGCAACUGCUACAAGCAAUGAAGCCAUUGAGCAGAAUGGUGAACAAGAAUUAACUUCCGGGACGGACUUGUUAAAUCAGGUACAUGAAGCAGACAAAAAUGUAUCCCAUGAUCAAGAACAAUUGCAAUCACAUAAAUGA